AUGGGAUUUACUAGCAAGUCUCGAGUUUUUGAUGCACUAUUUCGAUGUUCCAAUGCCAAAUUAUGUCAUUAUCGAUAUAAAUCAAGUUAUUCGCGUGAUAAAAUUCUACGUCUGGAAGAAGAAAAAAAGACAGUGGAAAAAGAAAUAAGUUCGAAAUAUCUAUUUCGGCCGCGUUUACCAGUCCUCAUUGAACAUGAUUGUUUUGAUGCACCCUUCCAAUAUGAAUACGACAAGAUUUGUCGAGAAAACUAUGCUUGGGAUUCAGAGUUUAGUGCUAUCAAAACAGUAUGGGAAAGAUUAAAGCCACCACCACAGGACGAAGUUGAAGAAAACGUGCUGCUAAUUGGAAAUCCACAAACUCUUCCUUGGGCUCCGAAUGAAUGGUGUGUGGAGCGAGCAUUUGAUUGUUAUCGAAACAAGCGAGAUGUUGCACGAAUCCAUCUAACUAUUAAGUAUUUGGAAAUGUUACAAAAGCUACCAACCCUACCAUUUGGUUUUAUGCUUGAUAUAAAGCGCCAUAUUCAGCAGAAAGUUUUGAUAGAAAGAACACGGAAGUUGUUUGAAUUGGUUUGCCAAACAUAUUAUACUGGUACUUUGCAAAAGUUAUCAGUAAGUGAUGAAAAUGCUGAGCCUAUUGUGAAACGCAUGUGCGAGGUUGAACAGUUUGAAACUAGUAGGCGUGAAAUGUUAAAUAUCACUGAGCAAGAUAUCAUCACGGUUGCACCUGGUCUUUAUGGUUAG